CAGUUGUCAUUAAGCAGUGGCAAGGGAUGGUUAUACUGGAUGAAUAUGUGUUGUGGUUGGAGUGUUAGUGUGUCCUAAAAUGUAAGUGUUCAGUGAGACGCCGCGUUUAAUGUUUUUUCAUGUAACUCUUCAUAUCAACCGACGCGCGAAGAAGGGCUGGGAGCAGCAUGGCGAUGGCGCGCUGGCUUGUCAGCUAGGCUGGGACUUGACGCGGCCACACUAGAGAGGGACUUCAGCCGGCCGGACCAUGACGAAGAAGUUCGAGUUCGACUGGCGCAUCGAGGUGCCGGAGCCGCUGCUGCAGGGCUGUGUGUUCGACCGCUGGAGCGAGGAGAAGGACUCCUCCAGCUUCGAGCCGCGCUGCCUCUUCAAGGUCGACGAGUACGGCUUCUUCAUCUACUGGAAGAGCGAGGGCAACGACGGUGACGUGAUAGAGUUGUGUCAGGUCAGCGACAUAAGAGCUGGGGGUAUUCCGAAGGACCAGAAACUGCUGGCACAGCUGGUGGGGAAGCACGGCGACACCGUAGAGGACAAGUCUCUGACCAUCUGCAGCGGCACCGACUACAUCAACAUCAACUACCAGCACGUCAUCUGCCCCGAUGCCGACACCGCCAAGACGUGGAGGGACGGCUUGCGAAAGAUCACACACAACAACAAGAUCAACAAUGUGUGCCCGCGCACCAACCUCAUGAAACACUGGAUGCGCCUCGGAAUGUUGGUGAACCCUAAGGGCAAAGUUCCUGUGAAGGUAGUUGCCAAAACGUUUGCAUCCGGGAGGACGGAGAAGAUGGUGUACCAGUGUCUGUCAGAGCUGGGACUGCCCAGUGAGAAGAAUGAUGUAAUUGAGCCUGCAGAUUUCACGUUUGACAAAUUUUACGCAUUGUACCACAAAAUAUGUCCAAGGAAUGAUAUCGAAGAACUCUUCCAGUCAAUAACACAGGGAAAAGCCGACAGGAUUAACCUUGAUCAGUUCAUCACGUUCCUCAACGAGAAGCAGCGUGAUCCUCGCCUCAAUGAAAUUCUGUACCCACUGUACGAUGAGAAGCGGGCUGCAGAAAUAAUAACGACAUACGAACAGGAUGAGGAAGCCAAGAAUGAGAAGAAGCUGACAAAGGACGGACUGAUUCGGUACCUGAUGUCCGAUGAGAAUGCGCCCGUCUUCCUGGACCGGCUGGACUUCUACAUGGACAUGGACCAGCCACUGGCCCACUACUACAUCAACAGCUCGCACAACACCUACCUGACGGGCCGCCAGUUCGGCGGCAAGUCCUCCGUCGAGAUGUACCGCCAGGUGCUACUGGCAGGCUGCAGGUGUGUUGAAUUAGACUGUUGGGAUGGCACAAAAGAUGAUGAAGAACCGAUAAUAACUCACGGAAAGGCCAUGUGCACAGAUAUUUUGUUCAAGGAUGUGAUUUACGCCUUGCGAGACACUGCGUUUGUUACUUCGGAGUACCCGGUGAUUCUGUCAUUCGAGAAUCACUGCUGCAAAGCCCAGCAGUAUAAACUGGCCAAGUACUGCAACGACAUCCUGGGGGACCUGCUACUCAAGGAGCCACUGCCGGACUACCCGCUGGAACCGGGAGCGCCACUGCCGCCACCUAGUGCGCUGAAGAACAAAAUCAUGAUCAAAAACAAGAGGCUGAAGCCCGACGUGGAGAAGCAGGGGCUGGAGCUGUUCCGGCAGGGGCAGUUCGUCAUAGAGGACGAAGAGAAGGAGGACGCCUCGGCACCUGGCGAGCCCAAGCCGGAAGUUCCGGAGGAGGUGGCUGCACCCGAGGGCGGUGCCCCAGUGAACGUGCCGUACACGGGCUCCACCACCAAUGUCCACCCUUGGCUUUCCUCCAUGGUCAAUUAUGCCCAGCCCAUCAAGUUCCAAGGAUUUGAUGUUGCGGAGAAGAAGAAUAUUCAUCACAACAUGUCAUCAUUUGCCGAGACUGCGGGACUCGGUUACCUGAAAUCGCAGGCGAUCGAGUUCGUCAACUACAACAAGCGCCAGAUGAGCCGAAUUUACCCUAAAGGAACUCGAGCUGAUUCCUCCAACUACAUGCCACAGGUUUUCUGGAAUGCGGGCUGCCAGAUGGUGUCGCUGAACUUCCAGACGUCCGACCUGCCCAUGCAGCUGAACCAGGGGAAGUUUGAGUACAACGGGAACUGCGGCUACCUGCUCAAGCCGGACUUCAUGAGAAGGGCCGACCGAAGUUUCGACCCAUUUGCCGAAUCCCCAGUGGAUGGUGUCAUUGCAGCACAGUGUGCAGUGCAGGUAAUAGCUGGGCAGUUCCUGUCAGACAAGAAAGUCAGCACUUAUGUGGAAGUAGACAUGUACGGCUUGCCUACAGACACAAUAAGAAAAGAAUUCAGGACACGCAUGGUUCCAGGAAAUGGGCUGAAUCCAGUGUACAAUGAAGAACCGUUCCUCUUCAGAAAGGUGGUGCUGCCCGAUCUGGCGGUUCUGCGGUUCGGUGUGUACGACGAAAAUGGGAAGCUGCUGGGGCAGCGCAUCCUGCCACUGGACGGCCUGCAGGCUGGCUACCGCCACAUCUCGCUGCGCACGGAGGCCAACUUCCCCAUGUCACUGCCCAUGCUGUUCUGCAACAUCGAGCUGAAGAUCUAUGUGCCUGACGGCUUUGAAGAUUUCAUGGCCGCACUGUCGGACCCGCGUGCCUUCCUCUCUGCACAGGAGAAGAGGGCACAGCAGAUGAAGGCAAUGGGCAUUGAGGAGACAGACAUCUCAACGCAAGGGAUCGUGGGCGGCGAAAGCGGUGGCGGAGGUGGGGGAGGUGGCGGUGGGAAGAAACCCAGCAAGUCCGGCAAGCAGGGUGGCGGAGGCGGCGGCGUGGCACCGGAGGAGAAGAAAGAAGACUUGAAGUUUGAGCCGAUCACGGUUGACUCCCUGCGGGCGGAGAAGGGCUUCCAGAAGACAGCACGCAAGCAGCAGAAGGAGCUGGAGGCACUGCGGAAGCGCCAGCUCAAGGAACGUCUUGCCGUGCAGAAGCAGCAGUGUGCCGCGAUUGAGAAGCUCAUCAAGGGCAAGAAUAAAAAUGAACUCGCAUCAGAUCCGCAAGUUCGAAAGGUCGUAGCCGAGCAGACAUCGCAGUGGUCAGAGAUGGUGGAGCGGCACCGAAAAGAAGAGUGGGAGAUGCUGAGGGCACACCUCCAGGAUCAGCAGGAGAUCCUGAAGAAACUCAUGGAGACUGUACAGGCGAUGCAAAUAAAGCAAUUGGAAAUGAAACAUGAAAGAGAAAUGAAGGAGAUGAAUUCUCGUCAGGCAAAGAUCUCAGUGGAAACGAUGAAGGAAGUUGCCAAUGACAAGACUCUGAAGACUAAAGGGGAGAAGGACCGCAGGCUACGAGAGAAGAAGCAGAACAACACGAAGAAAUUCAUGGACGAAAGGCGAAUGGCUCAGAUGAAGCAGGAUAAGGAGCGUGAGAAGCUGAAUGUGAAGCACAAAAAGCAAGCUGAGGAUGUCCAGACAGAACUGCAGAAUCUCAUCGAAAUGUACAAAAACGAGGAGAUCGAAUACGAGCUUGCACCGAAGAUGGAAUUUUUUGCAUAAGCCACUGUAAAAUUUUGCAGCAUAUGUGCUGUGCCAUACUUCUUGCCAAUACGCCGACCCGGACAGGUGCGGAGGAGUCGACGUCGAAUUAUGUCGCCCCGUCCUCUCUCCGAACCUACAUCCGUUUCCUGUAAAAGUCUGUCUUCCUGUGCCACUGUUGUAGCAUUUAUUCCCAAAGCAGGCAUAUUCUUGAGCCACAGAGUUUGCCCUGCUGCACACUAAUUUUGCCAACUUGAGAGAGAAUGUGGCUUUCCAAAGAUUGUGUAACUGUUUUCUUGUAAAAUAACUGGAGGUCUUGUCUUUUCCUCUCUCUCUCUCUCUCUCUCUCUCUCUAUCUCUCUCUCUCUUAGGUAAGAUAUAUUGAUGUAGGUCAUGCCUACAUACAAGAGAAAACAAACCAAACCAAAGCAAGUGCCAUAGAAUGUAACAGACAGAUACCGCAGGCUCGCAUAGUUGAAGUAUUUGUGCCUGCGGCAGUCAAAGUUUGAACGAGAGGAGUUGAUGUUUCUGCUCGUGAAUGGGCUCUUAUAUUUUAAUAUGAGGAAAGAAUAAAUAAAAAUUAUUGCCGGGACCAGUUCUUUGUGAUACUCGCAGACAUUGGCUUACUACCCACUGUGCAGUGUAGAUGCAGUGGGUAGAAUGGAGAAAACUGCAAAAAAUAAUUCUGUGCAGGAUACUAACUGCAAUUGUGAGUGUAUUUGAAAUAAGUUACUGUUUGAUGAAGCAUUUAGGAUCUUUCGCUGCUGUGCAUUUAAUUCAAACAGCAAAAAACAGUCACUGAAUGGAAAAUUUCUCACAGGUUCAUGUGGAUUUUCAGGGAGGAAACACUUUCUUUUUGCCAUUAAAAAAAAUCAACAGUCAAAGUAAAUGUACAUUUCGAAUUUGCAGACUCAUUGGAACCCUAAAACUGUUAUCAGUUAGGAUAUGAUAAACAAUGAUCCAUUAAAAUGUGUUUCAUCUCUGAAUGAUGAGAUGAGAAUUGGUAAGUCAUUCUAAGGAACUGAUUUGAGUUGACAAAUUUUGAAGCAAAAUCAAAUGUGUGACUGAAAAGAAAACCAGAAAUGACAAUUACACUCACAGUCCCUUGAAGUAUAUUGCAGUUUGUGCGAUGUAAGUGCUUUUUGAAACACCUGUGUUCACGUACAAUUUUUUGUUGUGUUUUUGAAUGUCCGUACACUGGAUUUAUGAGUCGAAUGUGGUAUGUUUGUUGUGUCAUAUCUAUUCUAGUCAGUAAUACACAUAGGAAAUGAAAAUAUAUGUACAAGAAUGGUGAAACUGUAUGGUUUUCACCAGAUUGCUCAUAUUGGUGAAUGAAGCAACUCUUUAUUUUUCCCAUACAUUUUUAAACACCCAGCUACAUAAUAAGAGCUGGAUUGUUCACAAGUUAUAUUAUGUUUCGUGUUGUUAAAUAUUCUGAAAUAAAUAGAUUAGUGGUCAAAGA